GCUUUGUCUUCCCCUCCAUCGCUCUGUCGGUCGUUUCUUCCUCUGUCAUUGCCGCAAUCGACGGCCGGCUAGCAAAGCUGCACGGCCGGCAACGCCAUUGAGCUUGAGUCUGCGUCAUCUCAGUUGGCGGCAUGUCGAAGUGGCCGGGAGCGACGAAGAAGAGGCUGAAGCGCGGCCUCUGGUCGCCGGAGGAGGACGAGAAGCUCAUGAACCACGUUGCCCAGUACGGCUACGGCUGCUGGAGCUCUGUCGCCAAGAUUGCAGGCCUUGAGAGGUGCGGGAAGAGCUGCAGGCUGAGGUGGAUGAACUACCUGACGACGGGCCGAGGGGGCGCCUUCUCGCAGGAGGAGGAGGACUUCAUCAUCCACCUCCACUCCAUCCGCGGCAACAAGUGGUCUCAGAUCGCCGCGCACCUGCCCGGGCGCACGGACAAUGAGGUCAAGAACUUCUGGAAUUCCUUCAUCAAGAAGAAGCUCCGCCAGCGCGGCAUCGACCCGGCCACACACGAACACAAGCCUCUCGACCCCGCCGCCCCUGCCGCCCCCGCCACGCCCGUCAGCCGCAACGCCGUGUUCAGCGAGAAUGAGCUGAUACUGUCGUCGCCCGUGGGGGGACCGCACAUGCCGCCGCUGGUGUCGGCGGAGAGCUACGUGUACAGUCGGGGCAGCACGGACGGCGCCGGCGGUGCGCACGCCGCGGUCGGCGGGUGCAGCGAUGAUGGGUCCCUGUCGUCGCUGUCGGGGUACAACAACAACCAGACGGCGGACUUCGCCGGCUACCUGGACGCGGACGCGCUGCACGGUGGUGUUAUCCCGUCGGCAGUGGCGGAGCUUGAGCAUAAGCAUAAUCCAAGAGGGGACCAUUGGUUGAAGGGGAGCAAAUUAAUGGGAGGAAGGGGCUAAUCUUUAGUUUAUGUUAAGGAUUAAUUAUAAUCCUAAUAAUCCAUGCUUAACAACCGCCUUAGGUAAGUAACCGUCAUUGGUUACCGCCUUUAUGGUGUCCUUUGUAAAGGUCGCGUCCGUUCGACGCGUCCCCUCACUUUGUAUAUAUAGCCUUCUUUGUCAUCAAUAAAGUGAUACUGUUUAUUCCCAUUA